AUGUGGCCUCCUCGUGACAACGUCAGCCAUGUCCCAGGCUUUAUCCUCACUCUCCAGAAGACAAUCCAACAGAACGGCGAUCCGGAUGAGACCGACCACUUACGCGCCGAAGCGUACGUCGACGAUUUCAUCGCGGCAAUGAAAUGGGUGAAAUACCUCCAAGGCCGCACCCAGAAUCUAUCCGAGCAGGCGCGCGACCAAGGCUGGAAGCAAUUCCUUGACAACAUCGAAGGUGUAAUGCGGCACGUUGCACGCUGGGCAUACGAGAAUUAUCCUGAAGGAUUGCUAUAUGCGAAGAUGAUGCCUAGGAAGCGGGGCGGCACUGUCUGGGAUUCGUCGGGGGGUACGGAUUGGAAUCUGUUUGGGCCCUUUGAGGAUGAUGAUGAUACUUCUAGUUUGCAACAGGAUUGGACGUGGGCGCUCAAGGCGGCGAUGGAGUUGGAGCUUGUUACGAAGUUGCUAUUCAAGCAUUGUGAGGGGGUUACGGGGAUGAUGCGUGCGGAUUUUGAGGCGACGGAUAUGGCGGCUGCGKUGGRGGGGRUUUCGUUAUGGUUCUCCGUCAACAUGGGCACAGGCAUAGCAUCCAUCCUCCUCAACACCCUCCCCUUUAACAGCGUCUGGCUCUACUACAUCUCCGUCAUCAUCUUCGCCCUCAACGUUUUGCUGUUCAGUCUCUUCUGCAUAAUGACCGCGUUACGAUACUUGCUGUAUCCACAGAUUUUUACUGCUAUGAUUCGUCAUCCCGUGCAGUCAAUGUUCCUAGGUACAUUUCCGAUGGGAUUUGCGACGAUUAUCAAUAUGUUUGUUUUGGUCUGUGUGCCGGCUUGGGGAGGAGACUGGACGAGACGGUUUGCGUGGGGAUUGUGGAUUUUUGAUGCUGUUGUUUCGGUCUUGGUGGCGUUGACGUUACCUGCUCUUUUGAUGAUGCACAUGCAAAAACUAGACCUCUCCGCCAUGACAGCCGUCUGGCUUUUACCAAUCGUCAGUCCUAUCGUGGCCGCUGCCUCGGGGGCCGUUGUCGCCGACAUCCUGGUCGACAUUGACCCGCAACACGCCCUUUGGACGGUGGUCGUGAGUUAUGUGCUUUGGGGUAUUGGUGUACCCAUGGCAUUUAUGGUAACGACGAUUUACUUGCAGCGGCUGACACUACACAAGCUACCGCCGAAAGCGGUUAUUGUGAGUGUGUUUCUGCCCCUGGGUCCGUUGGGACAAGGUGGUUUUGCAAUCCAAAAAUUAGGCCUCCUCAUGCCAACCCUCUUAUCAAAAACACACAAUCACACCCUUCCCGCCAGUGCUGGCGACAUCUUUUCUGCUCUCGGAUUUCUGACUGCAUUAAUCCUCUGGGGAUUUGGAUUGAGCUGGCUUUUUUUCGCGCUUACCUCCAUCGCGUAUACGCGCAAAUUCCCGUUCAAUAUUGGUUGGUGGGGUUUUACAUUUCCUCUGGGCGUGUUUGCGAUGAGUACAUGCCAAAUUGGACGGGAGUUGGGGUCGAGGUUUUUCCUUGUUCUGGGGACUAUAUUUUCCGGACUUGUAGUCCUGCUCUGGAUUCUGGUCCUGGCGCGCGAUUUCCGCGGGAAAGACGACACCAUGGCAGGAAUCAAUACAAACGCGUCUCAAUUUCUCGCUCCACCGACAGUGGCUGCGUUGAGAGAGGAGGCACGAAUUCCGGGCCACAAUCGGGUGGCAAUGGAUCGGACAUUCAGCGAAGACAUGCGAGCUGAGCGCGAAGAUUUACGGGAAGCUGCGGAAGAGACGUUGAAUGUGAUUCUAGAUUUGGGGCUGGAUGGUCAUAUCAAAUGGGUCAGCCCGUCGUGGAGACAGGUUAUUGGUACUGAUCCCGAGUCGGUCGAGGGCAAGGUUAUUUCGGAGGUGCUUUGGUCCAACAAGUCUUGUUUUCAAGAUGCCAUCAAGUCAAUGAAGGAAGAUGAUUCGAGAAGUCGAUUCAUACGGUUCUCAGUUGCUAUGGGACCAGGAUCAAUGCUUAAAUCUUCAGUCAAGGAAUCGGCAUCUACGAUCAGAGAUGACGAUCACCUCGAAAGUGAAUCUAAAAACCCCGCCGACGAUGGACAGGAUGAGUCAACCGAUGUCAAAAAGAAUGAAGAAGAUGUACUUGAUAUGGAAGCACAGGGAAUUAUGAUCUACGACCGUUCAGGUGAUGGUGAAGGACAUACAAUGUGGAUGCUACGGCCGUCGACAUCGCCGAAGGAAGUCACCAUCGAUCUACCUCCACUCCUUGUAGAGUCUCUCGGCGUCGGAGCAGAAGUGCUAGCAAACCACUUGACAGUCUUGGCUGAACGAGCUGCCGACGCCAACGCCGACAAAUCCGUUAUACCCACCCCAGUACUGUGUCGAAUCUGCGAACGCCAAAUUACCCCUUGGUGGUUUGAGAAGCAUUCCGAGCUAUGUCUUCAGGAACAUACUGCAGAGAUGGAGGUUCAGCUUGCCCAAGAAAAUCUUAACGAGCAUCGGCAUGCAAUUGUGAAAGUUCUUGACGCUUUGGAAGCUCGCCAGGGCCGCCUUCCUUCUACAGAGGUUCAACCACCUCCGCAACCAGAAUAUAAAGGACUAGCUAUUGGACCAUCUCCAUCAUCAUCAUCACUGCCGGGCUCUACUCCGGGCUCCUCACCAGCCACGCCUCCGCGGUCUCGAGAGCCUUCAACAUCGGGUUUAGGCCACGGAAGAGGUCGCUCUUUUGCUGUACGACGACCUCUAGCUCGUAUUGUUGAACUGAUUCUGGAUCUGUGCGACACGGCGUUGGAAAUCAGUACUCCUGCGCUGAAAGAAACACGAACAGACAGUAUAGAGGAUCUUCGAACUUUGUCUCCUCAGUCAGAGUCUCGCAUCUCGCAAGUACUACAAUGGCAAUCCCCCAGCAGCAAUACGCUAGAGCAAGAACAGGGCCUUGCUGCUUUGUCCGCCGAUACAGAACGGGCCGCCAAAGCCAAGGUCGAUGCAGUGGUUCGUCAUCGUCGGAUUGUUGAGUAUGCCGAGAGAAUCCGGGUGGAAUACACAGUCAUGGUGGAAGAAUGUAUUGAAGUAGCACUCACCAAGGCCGAGCGCAUUGCGGCUGGCGAAUUGUCGGAUUCUUCGUCAACUUCUGGCUCAUAUGAAUCGGAAGGUGAGCAAGCGAAAAAUGCUGAUCACAUCAGCGAAGAACAACCUACCUCUCAAAGCGUCGAACCAAGUGCUCCUCUGUCUCAAGAGCCAUCUUCCGACAUCACGCGUGAACAUUCAGAUCCGUCUUCUCACUCUCAAUCACCUCGACGCGGAUCGUCGGUUGCAGUCUCCACCCGUUCAGCAAGUCCCUUAGAAUGUCCGACUCCUCGUUCUCAUAAAAGCAUCAGCGGGGUUUUAGGUACAUCUCAGCCUGUUAAGCGGGGAUCACUACUGGCUGAAAGUGACGUGGGCGAUAAUAGCGAUAGCAGCAGCGUACCUUCUUCCUCUCUCAUCGCCGCCGCCAGAGGAACUGAAUCUCCUUCAUCCGAGAAGAGCAUUUCACAAUCCAGGAGUGAAAGGAGUAGAAAGCGUAAGAGCUUGAUUCUACCAAAUUUAUCAAGCUCGCCACGUCGCCAGGCAUCCCCAGGUCGUGUACAAGGGCCUGGGUCUCCGUUACGCCUAUCGAAACCUCGUCUGCCUAGUGGCGAGAGUAUGCCUUCUCCUAGCAUUUCUCCAUUACUGACCACGAACGAGUUGACCGCUCAAGGGCUGCCGCCACAUCACCAUUUGCAUACUCACCACCACUAUCGACGACAAUCUUCCACUACUUCGUCAGAUCCAAGGGCACCCAUCUCACCACACCUGAGCUCCGUGAGUCAGCCACAGCCUCGCCCUGCACCACCAUCAAUCAAGGACUUUGAAAUCAUUAAACCGAUCAGCAAAGGUGCAUUUGGGAGUGUCUAUCUUUCAAAGAAGAAGGCCACUGGAGAGUACUUUGCCAUCAAGGUACUAAAGAAGGCAGACAUGGUUGCCAAAAAUCAGGUUACCAAUGUCAAAGCGGAACGAGCAAUCAUGAUGUGGCAGGGCGAGAGUGAUUUCGUUGCCAAAUUAUACUGGACCUUCUCCAGCAAAGACUAUCUCUACCUUGUAAUGGAGUAUCUUAAUGGAGGAGACUGUGCCUCGUUGGUCAAAAUUUUGCAGGGUCUACCUGAAGACUGGGCUAAGAAAUACAUUGCCGAAGUGGUUCUAGGUGUUGAGCAUUUACACAACCGAGGCAUUGUACAUCGAGAUUUGAAACCAGACAACCUUCUCAUUGACCAGCGCGGUCAUCUCAAACUUACUGAUUUUGGUUUAUCCAGAAUGGGACUGGUUGGUCGUCAGAAACGGGUACUGAAAAGUCCCAACGAAUCUGCGCCAGAUUUAUUGAAGCAAGGGCCAUUUCCUCGAGCUAUGUCGUUGGCUUCGUCGCGCUCUGCAUCUUUUGAUUUUCAGGGGGGACAAUCGCCUAGUUCCACUCCAAUCAUGGCGCCCGACACUGGAAGCUAUAAUCAACCUUCGUACUUUAGCCUGAGCCAAAUGCCCCCACCUCGCGAGAGCCUUGGGCGCGCUUCUGGUUAUCGUAGUGAUAGCGGUGGGAGUGAUACUCUGAAUGCCAUGUUUCGGACAUUUUCGCUGGGUGAGGGUGCAGAGACUCCCGCGCCUCUACCACCUCCAUCUCAAGCCGUGACCGAAGACGAAGCACCUAGCGAAGGAGGCGAGUCUCCACAUCUAGUACCUUUGAGUCAGACGGUGAGUGCGACAUCCUCAUUAGCAGUACACAACACACCGCCUUCACAAUCGAUGCUGCCACCUCCAAUGGCCUUGUUCGAUCCUGAAGAUCACAACCGAAGAUUUGUUGGUACUCCGGACUACUUGGCGCCUGAAACGAUCAAUGGUGUUGGCCAAGAUGAGAUGAGCGACUGGUGGUCACUUGGUUGUAUUCUGUUUGAGUUUCUCUACGGCUAUCCACCAUUUAAUGCCGCGACACCGGAUGAGGUAUUUGAAAACAUCUUGCAUCGGCGAAUAAAUUGGCCCGAAGAAGCCCAGGAAUUGGCGUCGCCCGAAGCCAUCGAUUUGAUGAACAAACUGAUGACAAUCAAUCCAGAACAGCGAUUGGGAGCUAAUGUUGAAGAGAAGUUCCCUAAUGGAGGCGCUGAGAUUCGUAGCCACCCUUGGUUUGCCGACGUCAAUUGGGAUACAUUGCUUGAAGACAAGGCGGAGUUUGUUCCCAACCCUGAGAAUCCGGAAGAUACGGAAUAUUUCGAUGCUCGCGGUGCAACUUUACAGUCAUUCGAAGAACUUGAAGAUGCUCAGUCUCAGUCACCUCAGUAUCCCUUGACGGCUGGAGAAUAUCCCGAUCGACCUCAUGAUGCGCUGUCCAAAGUUCGUUCGCAAGUCAACUCGAUGAAACGUGGACUGAUGCCGCUUCAUAUUCCGCCACAUGUCCGAGAUACACGAAGCCGUCGUUUAAGUGAACCUGUGUUGGCCGACGACUUUGGCAACUUCAAUUUCAAGAACCUUCCCAUGCUGGAACGAGCAAACAAAGAUGUCAUCCAGAGACUGCGACAAGAAGCCAUGCAAGCUCAGCAAAGGCAGAUACCAUCGACAACGGCAUCCCCCAGUGUUCCUAGCUCGACGCCAUCUCUUGAAGGUAGUCCACUACUUCCCAUGCCGUUGCAACGCACUCUCUCACAUACAAAAGGAAAUCGCCCAGCAUCGCCAUCUGGAUUGAGUCAGACUGGAUCAUCUCCGAAUCGGCCUUCACAGCCUUCUUCUCCAUUACUUGUUCAAUUUAGCACUGGUCAGAAUCACGAGCGUAGAAAGACUUCCGGGUCCUCUUCGGCGCAGUCGCAGCAAUCGGUUGGUCCAAUGCCUGAUAAGUUUGAGGUUCCACAUCUAACAGCUAGUGUCAAGCUUGCUUCUUCCGCGCCGACAUCGAACAAAGCUGGACGGUUGACGACUCAUUCCCCAGAGAAGAUUUCAUCCGGACCUCCACAAACAGGCGUCACCCGUGCUAGAUCUCAGACGAUUGGAUCACAGGACAGCGAAGGACAUUCUGUCUCGUCUAAAGAGCCGUUUAUUCCAACCCAUCAUAAGCGCCGCAGUCAAUUGUUCGAUAUUUCUCCCUCAUCUUCCGACAACGAAGACCCCAGAACCAAGGCAUUGUUGAAGGUACAGCGGCGGCGACAGAGCUCUCGACGACUCUCUCAAAUCAACUUGCUGGAUGGUCCUGUGUUCCGUCCUCUUGAUGUCUUGAUUUGCGAAGAUCACCCAGUGUCUAGGUUGGUCAUGGAACGACUAUUUGAAAAGUUACGCUGCCGCACGAUUACAGCUGUCAACGGCUCCGAAGGGAUCCGUUAUGCAUUGAGUGAAGUGCAAUUUGAUAUCAUCAUGACAGAAGUCAAACUUCCUCAAAUUAAUGGCGCAGAUGUAGCCCGGAUGAUACGUGAGACACGAAGUGCCAACAGACAUACACCUAUCAUUGCGGUUACCGGUUAUCUGAAGGAUCUCCCCGAGACACAUCACUUCAAUGCUCUAAUUGAAAAGCCCCCGACGUUGAACAAACUGACCGAAGCAAUGUGCAAGUUCUGCCAGUGGAAGCCUCCGCCAAAGGAUUACGUCCCCACGCAUUCUCUAGUGAUACCUCCUCCUCCACUUCCACGUGCUCUCAGUCAUGCAGAAGACAGCCCCAGCUCGAUAUCUUCUGGGUUUCAUCCAGUACCUUCGAGUUCUUAUCGAGGUUCUAGCAGAGCGGACUCAGUGGGAAGCAGCUACUUUGGCGACAUGGAUUCGACUAAGCCGGAGGAAAUCCCAGUCGUUAUUAGCCGUCACACUGAUAGUUGGGGAGACUCCUCGGAAGGUCUUGGAAUAUCAGAGGCAGCCGCCGCCGCGGUCGAACCUAAACUCAAUACGAAUAUUCCAGGGGCCUUGAGUCUUCCUCCACUGCAGCACGCUCUUUCAGCGCCGCCUACGUCCAAUCCGCCGACUUUGGUUGCGCCCCGCAAACAACGAUCUACCGAAGCAAUUCGUGCCAAGCGGGAGUCUUUGGAGAAACGGCGCUAUGAAGGUGCUGAAUCCGGAGACGACGAAGACGAAGAGCUUGGAAAUUUACACGCUCGCCACCGUGGUCCACAUACUUCCAAAGGACCUCGUUCUAGUUCAAAGCUGGGCACAGAAAUGAUGCGGACCAACAGUCGUGGUAGUGUCGUCAGCGGCAGCGAGGAAAUCCUGGCCAAGGAGAAAGCUGCAGAGCUUGCAGCCGGGGAUAUUGAUGAUCUGGGAGAACAGCUCGGUGCGUUUGACAUGUCUCAAGAUGAGAUGUCUUCUCCGGAAAGGCGGUCAUCCAAGCCAGAGUCGCCGCGUUCAUCUCGAUCACCGGAUACUAUAAAACGCCCUGCGCUAGAACCUCUUCACGAGUAUCCUACGGAAAUUCGGUCUCCAGGCUCUGAACCACAACCUCAGGCGAAAGGACUCUCAACGCCGUCCAAGGAGGGCACCACGACAGACGACGUAUCACCCAGUCAAACAGCAGUGACGUCUGGAGAGCCUACAGAUUCUUCAGAUAUAGAUCCUGAUGCCACGCCACGUCCGGCUCCUACUCCGGCCAUGUCAGAGCUGGAUGAAUCAACGCCUCGCCCAGGAAAAGGUCGUCACGAUGAGAACCAACGCCCAGAAGGUCAGACCAGUCAUAUCCACCUUCGAGAUGUUCUUCAUUGGCGAAGGCGAUAG